AUGUUUCGUUGCUAAAUGAUAGAAAAUAUAGAAAGUAUUUUAUGUUUUCAUUAACAUUAAUAACCAAUUUUAGUCUUAAAGAAUAAGUAAUUAAGAAAAGAUUAAAGGUUGGUUUGUUAAAUUUGUAUUGAAAAUGCUAAAGAAGAAGAAACAUUAAAUAUUCAAGCUAUUCCAUUUCGAAAAGCAAUUGAAUAUGUAAAUCAAAUUUAAGAAAAAUUAUAAGAAUAGAAAAUUAAUAAAAUUUAACCAUAUUUAUAAGAAAUUCAUAAUUUUGAACUAAAAUUAAACGAAAUAUAAUCAAGCAUCUCAAUAGCAAUUUCUAAAUUAAUUGAAAUAACAAAAGAUUGGAAAAAAUAAUUGAUCUAAGCUAGAAAAAACUAUGAUUCUUAUAGUUUUAUUGAGGAAAUUGAUAUUGUAAGUAAAUCUUCUGAUUCAAUUCUAAAAGAAGAAGAAGAAGAAAUAAAUAAAUAUAUUGAACAGUUAAAUGAAAAUUAUUCUGGCAAAAUUGAUGCUGAUUUUAUAAAUUUAACUAAUUUAGUAAUCAACAGCAAAAAUAAGAUAAAUCUGCUUAAUAUAAAAAAUUAAAAGAAAAAAAAUAUUGCAGUAAUAGAAUAAGAAAAAAAUGAUAAUAUUCAACCUAAUUAAAAAAAUAUAGAAUACCUUAAAUUAGUAUCUUAUGAAGAAAUUUGCAAUGUUAAUUACACUAAUUUUUGCAGUUGCUUAUCAUUUAAUUAUCUUGGUGAUUUAUUAUUUGUAUCAUAAGAUAAAGAAAUAGCUAUUUGGGAGAUUAAUAAAUAAAAUUAAUUGAAUUAGUUAAGUAUAUAAUCUUUAAAGGUUUAAAAACAUGAAAAAGAAAUAAGAUGUUUGAUAAGUAGUAAAUAAAUGAAUUAAUUUUUUACUGGAGGUUAUGAUUCAUAAAUAAUUUGUUGGAAGGAAAUGGAAGAUAAAUAAUGGAUGAUUUCAUCUUAUAAAAAGCAUUAAGAAAUAGUUACUUGUUUGCUGCUUAAUUAAUAAGAAAAUUAAUUAAUCUCAAGUAGUUUUGAUCAUUAGAUUAUAAUUUGGAAAUUAAAUUGUAAAAGUAAUAAGCUUGAUUAUCAAUAUUCACUCUAAAAUCACACAGAUUGUGUUUAUAGUAUAAGUCUAAAUCAAUCUUAAUCUGAAUUAGUAUCAAGUGGUUCAGAUAAUUUAAUAAUAAUUUGGUUUUUAGAUCAAAAUUAAAUCUGGUAGAUUAAAUAAAUAAUUGAAAAUAAAAAUAAAACAAAAGGUUAAAGAAUCAACUUUUUUGGAGAUGAAACACUAAUCUAGAUAGAGAAUUCAUAUGGAAUUUGUUAAGUUUAUGAAAAAUAUAAGGAUAUUUAUGUUGAAAAAUCGGAAAAAAAUAUAUAAUUAAAUUCUCAUAAACAAUUAGAUUUAGAUAAUGUGGUAGCAAUUUAUAAUAAACAUGCAUAAUUAUUAAUAGUAAAAUAUUGUAAAUACAUUUACUUCAUAUAAAAAUAAGAUGAUCAAACAUUCCGAAAGGUAUAUAAACCAAUAGAGUUUCAAGAUGAUUUCAAUUAUUUUGGAAUUUCAAAUGAUGCAAGACUUCUAAUAACUUGGGAUUCAGUGUCUAAAAAAUUAAAAUGCUAUAAAAUAAAUUAUGAGUGA